AAACAUAUAAGAAUUAAAUGUCCAGCAAAUACUGGAUCUCAAUUUUUCAACUAUAAACAGUAUUUUAGUAUAGUGCUAAUGGCAACUUGUGAUGCAAAUUACUGCUUUACAUCAAUCCAUAUUGGAGAUUAUGAUGAGUUGAUUUGGGAUGAGAUAUUCCCUUUACGUCACAAUUUGAUGCGCCCAUACUCUAAACGAAAUCCAUUGACUGAGACCCAGCGUAUUUUUAAUUACAGACAUUCUCGAGCUCGACGAGUAAUAGAAAAUGCUUUUGGAAUUUUAUCAACAAGGAGAAUGGAGGAGAGAUGCUGCAGCACCUAAUAUUCAAAACUUGCACAGAAUAGAUGCAAAUCGUGCAGCUGUUGCAGCUGUUAAUUUAAGAAAUACACUUGCUGAUUAUCUUAUCAACCACGAAGAAGGUCAAGUUCCUUGGCAAAGAAUGAUUGUUUUCCGUGGCUAUAAUAUUAAUGUUCCUUAAACAUGUACAUAUUUCAGUGUAACAUAUAAUGUAGUUCUAAGCAUGCAGUUUUAAUUACUAUAAUAAUAACAUAUUUGGCUCAUGUAUAAUAAACCUCAACUCAUAAA